AUGGCUUCGAGUCACGCACGUCUCGAGAUAUUGGAGAGAAACGGCUCUCGGCUGCGCUCAGCUUUGGUGCAACAUCAACACCUCGUAUCGACGGUGGGCCAGAAUAAUAUUCGAAAGGUCAAAACGGUCACCCUUCUCCUUCCUAUACUCGUCCGAACACCGUCCGGAGGGCCAACUCGCGGCCGACAUCCUUGCCCAAUCAGAACGUUUGAACUGCCCGCCCUCGAAAAUGUCACUAUUGCUCAGCUCACUGCAGCCAACUUUUACCGAUGCAUACACAGCGAUCCCGCCCUCCAGCUCGUAGAAUCGACCAACACGGGACCACCGAAUACACCACCGCCAACACAAGUCUCGCGCUUCCCCGCGCUCAAGACGCUCAUUUGCAAGCGAGUCGAUUUCCAGAGCACCAUCCCGAUUGACUCGUUUGUGGAUUUCUUGAUCAUGCGGUAUGAGAUGGGAGGGGAGAUUGAGACUUUGGUGCUGGAUGGCUGUGUGAAUCUUCCGGUCGGAGAUGUGAAGAGGUUGGACAAAGUGGUGGUGGAUGUUGAAUUUUACACGGAUGAACCGCCGUGUGACGAAUGUGGUGCUUCUGGAUGUCCGUAUUGCGAUUAUUGA